AUGGACCCUGUUGCUGCUCACAGCUGCCACCUCCUCCAGCAACUGCAGGAGCAGCGGAUCCAGGGCCUGCUCUGCGACUGCAUGUUGGUGGUGAGAGGCGUUUGCUUCAAAGCCCACAAGAACGUCCUCGCAGCCUUCAGCCAGUACUUUAGGACCCUCUUUCAGAAUUCUUCAGGCCAGAAGAAUGAUGUUUUUCACUUGGAUAUUAAAAAUGUGAGCGGCAUAGGGCACAUCUUGGACUUCAUGUACACCUCUCAUCUAGAACUUAACCAGGACAACGUGCAAGUCAUGCUGGACAUAGCACAGUGUCUGCAAGUUCACAGUGUCCUAAAUCUGUGUCACACGUUUUUAAAAUCAGCUCCGGUAGACCAGCCACCUGGCCUGCCUUGUAAUAAUAGUACCUUCUCCCUGCAAAGUGCUUUGACUCCUGACACGAAUUGUGUGAAUUACACUCCUCCUGUGCUGCAGGACUGUUCCCCAGGCGCUCCGCAUAGUAAAGUUGUAGAGGAGCCGCAGUCCCACACGCCACCAUCGGUUAAUCUUCAGAAUUCCUCAGGGGAGACAUCGAAACACGCCCCGGGGCCUUUAGAUGACAGCUGCACACAACUCCCUUUCAAGCAGCCAAGUUACUGCUACAAACUCAGAGAUUUUUACAGUAAGCAGUACUAUAAGCAAGCGAAUUGUCCCGGUCCCGAGAGAGUCACCGAGUCACCUUUCCCUUUCAGCGCGCCCACAGAUGCAGAAAACCCACCUGGUGCUGGCAGCCCUUCCGAAUGUGUCCUGGAAUCUUCUGAACACUUGCCGGCCACCUUCCUGGCCCAGCCCCUGAGUGAACCGGCCCCAGUGCCAGAAGCAGAAAGCACGUGCCCACAGCCAGGCAGACAGAUGAGGCUCAAGAAGGCCGUUCACCUGAAGAAACUCAACUUCCUCAAGUCGCAGAAAUCUGCAGAGCAGAUGUUGGAGCCCACAUGCAACGAUGAUUUAACACAGAGGGUCAGCACUGCCGGUGAGAAGACGACCGGGCAAGCCAGCGGCCAGGGUACCGACGAGGACGUGAGGGAGGAAGCGGUCAGCUCCGAGGAUGUUCGUUGCGUGAGUGAAACAGAAAGAGCUGAAGACCUUGGUGCGACGGAGGACCAGUCACAGGCCCUUCAGUCCCAGAGACAGUACGCCUGUGACUUGUGUGGAAAGCCCUUCAAACACCCGAGCAAUUUGGAGCUCCACAAACGCUCCCAUACAGGUGAGAAACCUUUUGAAUGUAACAUUUGUGGGAAACAUUUCUCUCAGGCAGGUAACUUGCAGACUCACCUGCGUCGACAUUCCGGUGACAAACCGUACAUCUGCGAGAUCUGUGGAAAGAGGUUUGCAGCCUCUGGGGAUGUCCAGCGUCACAUUGUCAUCCACUCGGGAGAGAAGCCACACUUAUGUGACACCUGUGGCCGAGGGUUUAGUAACUUCAGCAACCUGAAGGAGCACAAGAAGACGCACACGGCCGACAAGGUCUUCACCUGCGACGAGUGCGGGAAGGCUUUCAACAUGCAGAGGAAGCUGGUGAAGCACCGCAUGCGGCACACGGGGCAGCGGCCCUACAGCUGCACGGCCUGUGGAAAGUGUUUCGGGGGAUCCGGGGACCUCCGCAGGCAUGUCCGCACGCACACGGGGGAGAAGCCGUACACAUGUGAGAUCUGUAACAAGUGCUUCACACGCUCGGCGGUCCUCCGGCGGCACAAGAAGAUGCAUGGCAAGGUCGACGUGGACGGCCGGGACGUGCUGGAGGAGCUGGGGCCCACCAGCGAGGGCACAGACCUGGACAGGUCGCAGAGCUCAGACUCCUUUUCCCAGGACGUGUCUGUGACCCUGAUGCCAGUGUCCGUUAAGCUCCCCAUCCACCCGGUGGAACAUCCGGUGGCAGACUCUGACAGCCACUCUGCAGGCCCCUACUGUAAGCCACGGCCCAUGGUUCAGCCGCAUGGCAUCAGCGACCAGGAGAAGCUGAGUUUGGACCCGACUAAACUUGCCAAGCCCCAGAUGCAGCCACCAGCGCAUCCGGCGUACGCUUACACAGAUGUGGAGUCCUCAGGCACGGGAGAACCACUGCCAGCCGACAGCAUGGCCGUCAUUCGCUCGUCCCUGGCGGCCCUGGACAGUCACUGCAGUGACACCCUGGGUGGCCGAGCCCCUCCCACAGCUCACAGGAGCUCAGAGGGGCAGUUCUUCUCCAGCUUGACUCUCUGGGGCCUAGCAAUGAAGACUCUGCAGAAUGAAGGUGAACUGGACCAGUGA